ACUUCAGGACUCAGUCACAGCGUGGGAAAGAACAGAAAAUCACACAGAAGACAUCAUUUAUUUCAAGUGGAGCAUUCAAACAAGCUGAUAUAACAUCAAGCAUUCCUAAAGGCCAAGCCAUUUCAGGCCGGAUCUUUAUUUUGGGAACAUCCCGGGAGUCCCUACCAAUUUUGUCCAGGUGGUGUGUCCUGUCCUACCCCAGGGGUGUGUGUAAAGGAGCUUCGUCCACGAUGCGCUCAUUUUUUCUCCCUCUCACCCUGUAUUGCAUCAGCCUCCUGUGCCUCCAAAUUUACACGCUCCCGGUGGCCAACAGGCUGGACUUCAAGACAAUCUUGCAUCAGCUGAAAGAAGGAAGUGUUGCCUUCCCAGACUCUGAUCCAUCCCCUGACGAUGUCACUAAUGCUCCAGCUGAACGUUUGGACAGAACGGCGUUAUGGAGAGCCUUACUCUUUAAAAACCCACCUUCAUCGUCUCAAAAGCCGGCAAGCGUCAUCGACCCAACUGUCGAUUCUGUCGUGCAAGAAGCGAAGCUGAACCUAAGAAGCAUCAGAGUUCGUCGCAACAUCCGUAGUCGUCACCACCCACGUGGCCAGAUGAUGCGUGUGGAGUGUGUCCUGGGCACAUGCCAGGUACAGAAGCUCAGUCAUCGCCUUUACCAGCUGGUCGGGCAGAAUGGUCGUGAAGAGUCGGCUCCUAUAAGCCCACAUAGCCCACAUAGCUAUGGAUGAUCACGAGAGAGUCUACGGCCUAAACGGAAACCCUGGCGAAACAGCUCAACUUGCAUCUGAUCUCUAUUUUUGCUAAUAGUCUUAGAUUCUUGUCAAAAAUGUAUUUUUUUUCCCUUUUGUGCUUUGUGCUUUAAUGAUGCGAAACGAAAGUGCCUAUUUUUUUAUUUAUUUUUUUUGAAGAAAGGAUCAGAUGUUACUGACAUAAGCGGCUAUAAUUUUUUUUCCUCCCUCUUUUUACAAAAAAAACAAA